UGGAGACCCCGGCCCGUAGCUGCAGGGGUUGUUGAAGCUCCCGACCCGUCUGAAAUUUCCAAAUCGUCAAUUCGAGGACGUCGACGACAGACCACAGCGGCCCCAGCUUCGCCGACGCCCUUAACCCCUCGCCCGAAUCCGCUACCGAACUCGACGAAACCCCGAAGACCUCGAGAAGUCGAUCAGAAGAUCCGAACCCCGACUCCCCUGUCAAUUGGCGGGAACCCCCAUCUGCCAACGAUGCAGAGGCUCAUAAAGCGCACGGCUCAGGCCGAGAAGCAGGUCGCCCGGCGCAUGAAGAAGCGCGCCCGUGGCGAGGGCGGUGCCGAAAAGGCCCAGCGCGCCAGGGACCAGCGGAAUAUGCUCACGGAGCUCAACAAGGACAUCAAGACCGCCCGCCUCGUCCGUCAAGAGAAAUGGGACCUCGGGCCCCUGGCCCCACGCCGCGAUGUCUUUGAAAGCUACGGAGCCCUCCAGACGAAUCGCCAAAGCCGUUCGACGCCUCUCAAACCCGAAGAGAUUGAGGCACGGUGUGCCUGGGCCGGCGGAUGUCAGUAUCUCAACCUCGCCGUCAAGGAUCGCGUUGUGCUUCUCGAGGGCCCCGAAAAGGGCAAGAUUGACCGCAUCUCGAGCAUCAACCUCGAGUACGGCACCGUACAGCUGGAGAACAUUGCAAAGGUCACCAUCCACGUCCCCGAAUCCUUCCAGAACAUCCUCGACGCCCCCACAACACAAAACACAUCCAUGAACAUCCCCAUCUCAGCGAUCCGUCUCGUCCACCCGAUCGUCGACCCCGCGACCGGCGUAGCCCGAGACGUCGUCGUCCGGCAGCUCGCCCGAGGCCCCGUAAAGUGGUCCCGCACCACGGGCUGGCGCGCCUGGACUCGCUACAUCCCCGGCGCCAACAUCGCUAUCCCCUGGCCCGAACGCGAGCAGGUCGUCCGCGAGGACCAGCCCGGCGACACCAACCGCGCCGACGCCGAGGCCGCCACCUUUGUGCCCACGCUCCUCUCCCCACCCAUGCCCGAGUCCGUCAUCGACGAGCUCCGCAACAAGUACUCUCGCUUCCGUACCCGUCACGAGGACGACUAUAUUCUGCGCAAGGAGGCCGAGGAGGCCGAGAAGAAGGCCCUCAAGAAGGCCUCGGCCGACGCCCUCGCCUCCAUGCGCACGCCGCUGCAGGAGCUCAACCGCGAGCUGCGCGAGUCCCGCCGCGCGCUCGGCAAGCCCGAGUUGUCCUCGGACAUGCUCGAGAGGAUUGGCGAGCUCAUGGCGAGGAACAAGGCUACUGUUGGCGGGGACUCUUCGUCGUGGAACGUGCCUACGCCCAAGUUGUUUGAUGCCAAGACGGGGGCGAGUGCGGCGGCACCGGCGGAAGCACCAAAUGAUACUGAGAGUCAUCCUCCACCUCAAUAA